AUGGAUGUAUCAGCCCUAGACGACGCCCAGCCUGUUGCCACAUUCAAGGACGGAGGGAGGAAUGUGCCGAUCGGAGAGUCACUUCUCUCCUCGCUAUAUAAUAUCUCGGAUACUGCGUCUGCCUACCUCGUCCCGCGCCUCGUAGCUCUUAUCUCUACGACCACAGCCAUGUCGUCACGGAAGAAGGUCCUGUUGAAGGUGAUCAUCCUGGGCGACAGCGGCGUUGGAAAGACGAGCUUGAUGAAUCAAUAUGUCAACAAGAAGUUCAGCGCAAGCUACAAGGCCACCAUCGGCGCCGACUUUCUCACAAAAGAAGUUCUGGUCGACGACCGUCUGGUAACGAUGCAGGCACGUCCCCAGAUGACUCGACCUGUUAUGUACCCGAGGCUAAUACACGAUCUACAGAUCUGGGAUACGGCCGGCCAAGAACGCUUUCAGUCCCUGGGCGUUGCAUUCUACCGUGGAGCCGAUUGCUGCGUUUUAGUAUACGAUGUGAACAACUCGAAGAGUUUCGAGGCCCUCGACAGCUGGCGGGAUGAGUUCUUGAUCCAGGCCAGCCCCCGAGAUCCAGAAAGCUUUCCCUUCGUUGUGAUCGGUAACAAGAUUGAUGUCGAGGAGAGCAAGCGGAUGAUCUCUUCGAAGCGGGCUAUGACCUUCUGCCAGUCGAAAGGCAACAUCCCCUACUUCGAGACUAGUGCCAAGGAAGCAGUGAACGUCGAACAGGCUUUCGAAGUCAUCGCUCGGAGUGCUCUGGCUCAGGAAGAGGCCGAGGAGUUUAGCGGUGAAUUCAGCGACCCCAUCAACAUCCAUCUAGACAGCGAUCGGGAUGGAUGUGCCUGUUGA